CAAAUUCCAAUCUGAUCUUGUCGGGACAUGUUAGCGAAGGUUCUUAUUAUUCCUUUAUGUUUAUUAUAUUUAUCAUAUUUCUUAUAUUAAAUGUAGUUCUUGCUUUUUAAAAUUUCUAUGUGAUUUGUGAAAAGUGCCAAAUUGAUGUCUUGAUAUUGUUAGUAUUAUGAAUCAAGUUGAUCAAAAUAUAAACAAAGAUAUGAUUGAUUGCGAUCUGAUUGACGUGGAAUCUCUGGAUUAUUCAGAUGAUCAGACAUGGUUAUAUAAAAUUCCUGAAGAUUCAGGACGGAAAUUAGAUAUUGAGGAAUAUUUUCAGUCCAAUAACUGGCCGGUUGUUAAAGAUGAUGAUUAUAUCAGAACUGAAAAGGAAUUACACAUGCUAUUGGAUAAUAUUAUUAAAAAGGUUGUUACAGACGAAGUAUCAGCGCCGGAUAGGCAUAAGUUCGAUUCCCGGACUUACGUGAAACCUAAGAAGAGAAUGCAACGUCCAAGCAUUCACAGCAUAAUGGAAGUUACUUCAAAUACACCCUCGAUGUCACCACAUCCGUCUUUGAACAUAUUCAAUAAUAAAUAUCUCACGUAUAAUAAAUACAACAACCCAUUGGGACCAAUCAGUCCGAUGUUGAGGCUAAAAACUUUUAAUGUGGAUACGAAUUCCGAGAACAGUGCAGCCGCUAAAGAGUUUUCUAUGAAACGAAGAAGUUUGGCUCCCGACGACGAUCCCCAGCUGGAAGAUCUAGACCUGGCUUUAGCAGCGGAUCUGGACCGGGAGGAGAAUUCGUCUUUCAGAGCCAUCAACAUUGACCUAUCACAGCCGGCCCACAACUUACACAAUACAUUCAACAAAGGUAUGAUGAACGUAAUGCAAGAGAGCGGAAGUAUCAAUAUGUAUCAGAGCGGCGAGUCUCUGAUGCGAAUGUCGCCACCGAGCCUUGUGUCGUCACUGGUGAUGGAAAGUUCUGGAAAUUUCAACGAAGAGUCCUUGGAUAGCAGGAAAUCUUUAUCACAAAAGGAUUCUGGGUUGCCAACAUCAGCACGUGAAAGUCUUGAUCCAAUGAUGACAAGCAUGACUUUAAGCAUUUUGGAUGAGAAAGACAUGAGCACUAGCUUCCUCUCUCAAACAACAUAUCCUGACAACGAUAGUCUUAUAGACUCACUUCCGCCUAGCCUAGUUAGUUCAGUUAAUUCCUCGUACAUCGUCUCAAACACUUCCAAACCCAGAGGCGAUAACACGGACACUAAUAUAUUCAGUUCAGCCACGUUCACACAUCUCGAACAAUCAGAGAAACUACUAUCAGCUCGUCCAAGAUGUCAGCUAUAUAACAGUUUCAAACGGGACUCUAUAAUCAAAAACUCGGAGAGUUACACGAAAUCCCGCGAAGAGGCGUGCCAAAUAGAUACUAGCAAAGUUUUGAACGAGAACUGUGAUAAUACAUUAAGCCCGCAACAAUCUAUAAAGAUUUCACCGAAGAACAAACCAAACGGUGAGAUGAGCGAAACCAUAACACUGCAUUACUCCAACAAUAAGUUCAAGAGGGACAGCGACGCGGAGAAGGAGAACUUAAACGCGACCUUCAAAUGCGAGGAUACUUUCUACAACGACAUGGGCAUGCAGAAGAUCGAAGGGAAACUGAGCGUCACUAUGGACAAACAAGAACUGAACGAGAUCAUACAAGCCAGGCAGAAACUAUCGCUAGCCAGGAAAGCCUUGCCCAGCGAGCCGGAAACGAUCAAACCUGAUUUGUCCCCAAUAAAGACGAUACAGCUUCCCAACCAAACGAUAAUAACAGUGCCGAGGCAAAGUAUGGAAAACGCAUCGGAAUUGCUGUCGAGAAGGAGAACCAUGAAUUACGACAGAGACGACAACUCGGCUAUGAGAGACACGCCGAAAAGGAACGCCACCUUCAAAAAAACCUCACCCAAAAACAUAGAGCCGAGCGUGUCGUACGUGAAAAGAGACGAGAACAUCAUUGAUAUCAACUCGGCGACGAUGAACCUUAUAGACAGCGCCGAGAGAACUUUGCAACAAGAAGAAUGGAAUCUCCAAGAGCGUGCCAUGAUCGGUUCCAAUGAGAGCACAAGCACAGACACAGGUACAUUCAGUUCGAGCAGCCCGCCCGAGAGUGUGCCGGACACGCACACGAACACACAAAAAAUACAUUUAAAUAGCCAAGUGGCAUCGACACCUCUAACGACAUUCAAGAAGGGCAAAAACGAACUGCUAGAUUUACACAACACUAUAUCACCUAUAUACGACACGACCGACGACAAGUCGUACGCAGCGACGAACCUCACCAGCGAGAUGGAGAGGACUUACAACAUGAACACGACGGUCAUUAACAGCGCCACGAUAAAGAAGACCUCGGCCAAGAGAGACAUCCUGACGUCCAGGCACAGCCCUGAGAAGAAAACGCAGCGGUCGCCCACAAACAGAGUCUCGCCGACUGACACUGUUUCGUACGCUGCGAUGGCGCCACCGUCUACAGUACCAAGAAAGACGAAUCUGCCGACAUCGAAACUAAGACAAUACAGCUCACACAAAGAACUUAAUAGAAUACCUGUGAACCCGCCGUCGGCUGCUAGAGUGUUGGCUGGUCGUAGUAUGAUGCGCCGCGGUGUGUACGGCUCCAACCCCGCCCUCAGCCCCACGGACAACACAAACGGGGCCCCAACCAACUAUGUACAGAAUAACUUAACUCAAGCAUUAAGCAGGCGAGAAUCGUAUAUAUGUAAACCUCAAGAAACGGAAAAAACAGAACGACCUGUCCUCAUGAAUCCACCGGCUCUGGUGAGACAGGGGACGGAAACAUUGAGACGAGAAAAACCACAGAGUCAACUGGUUGCGCCUAAAGAUUUGCGGUCGUCGAUAGCGGCGGUGUCUCGCAAUCAUUACGCCUGUCCUCCGACUACUCGCCCAUAUUCAAUAGCUGGGACGUCCCAAUUAAGAGUCUCAAGGCCGACAUCUGUUCCGGUACAGAAAUCAGCGCCAGUUGUGACGUCAUCAGAGCCCCGCCCUAACACGGGCGAGCGUCAAUCGGGCCUCCCGAGACCUUCUCGACUUCCUGCGCCAAGAAGAACCAUCAGACCUCCGUCUGUUUACUCCGUGGCGCCGACUGGUGAUGAACAUUACUGACAAUACGCCUGCUGUGCCAACUUUUUUGGCUUCACAAAAUAAAACUCCCUAACACGACUGAUACGCUAAAACUCUUUAACAUAUUUAUGUAGUAUAUUAUCUUGACCACAAGUUUUGUCGGAAUUGUUACUGAGGCCGUUUGAGAUUAUAUAUAAUUCUGUUAUUAUUGUAAUAAUUCUGUUCCGGCGUUUGUACAACGCAAUGUGAAAAGUAUUUGUUUUUUUUAUUAUUAUAAAUAACUGUAAUUUUAUAAAAAGAAUGUUUCUCAUUAAGUUUAUUCCUUCGAUGAUAAUGUUUGAAGACAAUAUUAAAAUAAUUUUUCUCUAUAUAAAAUUGGCAGUUCCGGACAAUUUUUUUGUAAAGAAAUUUUUAAGAAUUAAUAAGGCACAAGCGUUGUCAACGAUUGACAUAAAGCUCAUAUUUUGUAUGUAUUUUAUAUUGAUUGAUAAUUAAUAUUAUAAUUGACAUUCAAAAUUUUUUUGAAAUUAAAAAUUUUCGUUAUGUCCUUCACUGAGGUCAGAAAUCCUCUUUUCUACAUGAAAAGUGUCAAUUUCAACCUCUCAUUGAAAUGUGUUUGACGCUCUCUUACAUUAUAAUUAGAUACUGAAAUCUAAAUUUCCAACUAAAAUAAAGAUUUGGUACAAAGACUUACAAAUUAAGAUAUUAUUGUUAGUUAACAAAUCUAGUGUGUAAUAACAAAUGACUUUUGGGGAUAUUUAUUUCUAAAUAAGACAAUUUUGCAUUUUAUUUAGAGAUUGUAAUCGUUUAGGGACGUUUAGUUUAAUUGUAUUUUGCUUUAGAUGUAAAAUUUUAUAUAAAAAAAAUAAUAAUAAUAAACUAAUUUUUGUAAAGUUAACAUUUUGAAAUGUCUACACGCACAUUGUAACGUCAGCGUCUGUCAAGGCUUGUAUAUAACAAGCGAGACUUGUAUUAAUGUAUACUAAAUUAUUGUAUAUUAUGUAAAGUUAUAAUACACAAAAAUAUAUUUAAAACUCUUCUGAAGCAUCUGUAAUGUUCAGCUUCUAAGCUUCUAUAACUGAAUCCUAUCUAAUAUAUCAUGUUUCAAUAUAUUUCAAUGUCUGCACACAUUUUAAACGCACUGUAUAUUACAGCUCGCCGAUAUCAUGUACAGGGUUAGUUAGUAAUUUCCUAAGCUACGCCAACAUAAUUUAUUACAAUAGCAUAAAUAUUUUUAAAUAUUUUUUUUUUAUAUAACAACAAAGUAUUGCAAAUGGAAAAUACAUGUUCACUUUGACUUAAUGCCUGGUGCGUUGUUACAUAUCCUAUAUAUUUAAUGUUUUUUCAAUAAAAUUUUCACCUCACUAUUCGUAGCACUGAUGACGUAGCCAUUUUAAAUCAGUUGCAUCGCUUCUAAAUAUUCCGCCGUACGGUUUGUUUGAACACGUCGUGCCUUAUUUAGGUAGUAUAAGGAAUUUUGUUUUCAUUUUCUAAUAAAACUGUGUAUUUACAUA